ACCAGAUAAUACAGCAUGCUUAUCCCCAAGCAGAACCGCAAGCUUAUCUACGAGGCCCUCUUCAAAGAUGGUGUCUUGGUCGCCAAGAAGGACUUCAACGCUCCCAAGCACGACGAGAUUGAUGUUCCCAACCUGCAGGUCAUCAAGGCUCUCCAGUCCUUGGACUCCAAGCAGUACGUCAAGACUCAGUUCUCGUGGCAGUACUACUACUACACUCUGACCGAUGCCGGUAUUGAGUACUUGCGCGAGUACCUUCACUUGCCUUCCGAGAUCUUCCCCGCCACCUUCAAGAAGACCGCUCGUCCCUCGGCUCCCCGUCGCGCUGAGCGUCCUGAGGGUGCUUACCGCCCCCGUGGUGACCGCGAGGACUACCGUCGUCGUGAUGACGGUGAGAAGAAGGAGGGUGCCUCAGGUGACUACAAGCCCGAGUUCCGCUCUGGCUUGGGCCGCGGCCGCCCCGCUCAGCAAUAAGCAAAAGAAAUGCUUUCUCAGGAUAGUCGACUACCCGUUCUUGGAUGAGUCUGAGAGUGCUGGACUUUUCGUUUAUUAUCUUUGCCUUGAGGAACUGUCGAGAGCGGAAGCAAAUAAAAGAUGUCCUUUACAAUUCCAA